GAGUCACAUGACCUCUGCACUUCCUGGUUAUGUCAGAGGAGAAUUAACUGCAGUGGUUUCAUACUUUACUUUAAAUGCAGGUUAUAUAACAUAUAAACAGUGCUUGUUUUAACAGGAUAAACAUGGGACUACUUUCUCGUGUCGUGCUGCUGCUGCUUUGUGGAGCGGCUCCUCUGGAAGCGGCGCCCGCCAGAAGCAGCUACCUGGCGGGCACAGGUGAGAGGAAUCCCCGCUGAUGAACUCUGGAGGUGGAGGUCUAGAAGUGUAUUUGUGUAGGGCAGGUUCUGGCACAUCACUGACCUCCACCUGGACCCCACCUACCACCUGGCCCCGGACCCCACCAAGGUGUGCUUCUCCUCUAAAGGAGUCCCGGCCACCAACCCCGGCAUGUUCGGAGACUUCCUGUGUGACUCGCCCUACAGCCUCAUCCAGUCGGCCUUCGAUCACAUGGCGCCGCUCACAAAGCCAGACGACUUCAUCAUAUGGACCGGAGACAGUCCCCCUCACGUCCCUGCAGACCAGCUCUCCACAGACCUGGUGAUCCAGGUGAUCAGGAACAUGACGGAGACCAUCACACAACACUUCCCCAACCUCACCGUCUACCCCGCGCUGGGAAACCACGACUACUGGCCGCAGGACCAGAUGCCGACCUCCCCUAACGCCAUCUACAAAGCCGCUGCAGAGCUGUGGAAGCCGUGGCUGCAGACUGACGCCCUGCUCACCCUCUCACAGGGCGGGUUUUACUCCCAGCUGGUGAAGCCUGGUCUGCGGGUCGUCAGUCUGAACACCAUCCUCUACUACGGUCCGGACAAAGUGACUGAAAACAUGACGGACCCUGCAGGACAGUUCGAGUGGCUCGAGAAAACUCUGCAGAAAGCCGGUCAGAGUCUGGAGAAGGUGUACAUCAUCGCUCACGUGCCGGUGGGUUACCUUCCCUACGCCAGGAACACCACGGCUGUGAGAGAGCGCCACAACGAGCGGCUGGUCUCCGUCUUCAGGAAGUACAGCGACGUCAUCGCCGGGCAUUUCUACGGACACACACACCGGGACAGCAUCAUGGUGCUGUUGGACCAACAAGGUAUGCCGGUGAAUUCUCUGUUUGUGUCUCCGGCCAUCACUCCAAUCAAAAGUCUUCUGCAGCCGUACUCCAACAACCCGGCUUUCCGCAUGUACCUGUACAACACCGAGGACUACUCCAUGCAGGACAUCUGGCAGUACUAUCUGAAUCUGACGGAAGCCAACGCGCAACAAAGCGCAGCCUGGAGGCGGGAGUACAUCCUGACGGAGGCGUUUGGACUGGCUGACCUGCGGCCGCUCAGCCUGCUGCAGCUGGGCCUGAGCCUCCGGCUGCCGCAGAGCAAGGCCUUCGACGUGUACUUCAGCCACUUCAGGGUGGGCUACGACAGCAGCCUCGCCUGCGAUGGGGAGUGUAAGCUCAGCCAGGUGUGUGCCAUGCUCUUCCUGGACCAGCUGUCCUACUCCAGAUGUGGAGGGUGGUAGCAGGGAGAGCGAUCCAAGAGGAGGGGUUUAUCUCAGGGACUGAUUUUAGUCCAUUUUUUACUCAUAGAUAGGGGUCUUAAACUGGCUCUGCUGCUCCCAGUUAUAUCUAUAUGUAUUUUGCUUUCGUUCAUUUGGCGUAGCAGUUCCUGGUUUCCAAAGUAAUCCAGAUGCAAUCCCGAUGACAAAACGCACAGUAAACCAUCAUGAAAGAAGCCUCGAACUGGCUCUUUCUGAUCCCAAAUGUCAAUGAAACCAUUUUAAUGUUAAGAAGUCUUCUUUAUCAUGUAUACUUCUUUCUGGAAUCAAUGCAAUCCAGAGUAGAAGUCGCACAAUUCCAGGAUAAAUAAGGUAUUCAAUGAGAGAAAACACACUGGCAUAACUAUUUUAAAUACAUUGAUUUAUAACCAGAAGCAUUCCUUAAUGACAGAAAGGUCAUCUAACUCAUUUUCAUUUUGAGCUUUGCAAGAGAAAAAGAGAACAGUUUGGUAUUCCAUUAUUUUUAAUGAAUUACUAAAUGCUGGAAUCAUAAAAAGGGAUAUGCCGUGCGCUGCUUUACUGAUUAAUAGAUUUUACAGUCAUUUUUUUAUAAUUCAUUUGAUUGCAGACAUUAUCUUCAGUCAUGUUCACUCUAGAAUACAAGGUAAACCACUCCAAAGUGGAACAUAUUCAGAGAUAAUGUAGAAACCCCCGUAUAGAUAUCCUAACAGUGGUUGCCACAUUAUACAAUAAUGUCCUUUAACUCUUCUGGUUAUUAGUAAUUAUUCAUUAUUUUAGUAAAUAUGUGUGUACUUAAUCAUUCAUCAAUCAUAAAUGGGUAAUAAUGCACUGUUUGCAUUACAUAGAAAUAUAAUAAACACCUGCUGAAACAGGAAUGAAGAACAUGUUACAUAUCGCAGAGAGGAAAUUGAUUUUAAAUGUCCUUUAUUUUUUCUACUUAAUAAAGACUUUAUUCCGA